AUGAAUGCAAGUGAGUUUCGCAGGAGGGGGAAGGAAAUGGUGGAUUACGUGGCUGACUACCUGGAAGGCAUCGAGGGGCGCCAGGUGUUCCCAGAUGUGGAUCCAGGCUACCUGCGCCGCCUGAUCCCCACCACCGCCCCGCAGGAGCCAGAGACAUUUGAGGACAUCAUUAAGGAUGUCGAGAAGAUCAUCAUGCCAGGGGUGACCCACUGGCACAGUCCCUACUUCUUCGCCUACUUCCCCACGGCCAGCUCGUACCCGGCCAUGCUCGCGGACAUGCUGUGUGGGGCCAUCGGCUGCAUCGGCUUCUCCUGGGCUGCCAGCCCGGCGUGCACGGAGCUAGAGACGGUGAUGAUGGACUGGCUGGGGAAGAUGCUGCAGCUGCCCGAGGCAUUUCUGGCUGGAGAAGCUGGAGAAGGGGGCGGGGUGAUCCAGGGAACUGCCAGUGAAGCUACCCUGGUGGCCCUGCUGGCCGCUCGGACCAAAGUGACCCGACGCCUUCAGGCUGCCUCCCCGGAGCUGACACAGGCUGCCAUCAUGGAGAAGUUGGUGGCCUACGCGUCUGAUCAGGCACACUCCUCCGUGGAAAGAGCCGGCUUAAUUGGUGGAGUGAGAUUAAAAGCCAUCCCUUCCGACGACAAGUUCGCCAUGCAAGCUUCUGCCCUGCAGGAGGCCCUGGAGAGAGACAAGGCAGCCGGCCUGAUUCCUUUCUUCGUGGUGGCUACACUGGGGACCACAUCCUGCUGCUCCUUUGACAACCUCUUAGAAGUGGGGCCCAUUUGUCACGAGGAGGGCUUGUGGCUGCAUGUGGACGCCGCCUACGCGGGCAGUGCCUUCAUCUGCCCUGAGUUCCGGCAUCUUCUGAACGGCGUGGAGUUUGCAGAUUCGUUUAACUUUAAUCCCCACAAGUGGCUCUUGGUGAAUUUUGACUGCUCUGCCAUGUGGGUGAAAAAGAGGACAGACCUGACCGGAGCCUUCAGGCUGGACCCGGUCUACCUGAGGCACAGCCACCAGGACUCAGGGCUUAUCACUGACUACAGGCACUGGCAGCUGCCGCUGGGCCGGAGGUUCCGCUCUUUGAAGAUGUGGUUUGUUUUCAGGAUGUAUGGAGUCAAGGGACUGCAGGCCUAUAUCCGCAAGCACGUCCAGCUGUCCCAUGCGUUUGAGGCAUUGGUGCGCCAGGACACCCGCUUUGAAAUCUGUGCAGAAGUCACUCUGGGACUUGUCUGUUUCCGGCUAAAGGCUUCCAACAAACUGAACGAAGCUCUUCUGGAAAGCAUAAACAGUGCCAAAAAAAUCCACUUGGUUCCUUGCUCCCUGAGAGACCAGUUCGUGCUGCGUUUUGCCAUUUGCUCACGCACGGUGGAGUUGGCCCAUGUGCAGCGGGCCUGGGAGCACAUCCAGGAGAUGGCGGCCAAGGUUUUAAGAGCACCGGGGGAGGGAACGGCAGAGAUCAAAAAUUGA